ACAGUAGGUAGUACGACGAGACGUUCGCGGGAGAAAAAGCAUGUAGUACAGUAGCUGUAGACAAGUCAUACUUACAUUAAAAUUGCAUUCAAAAUGCAGUAAUUUGAACGCAGAUUGUCAUGGCUGAUAUUUUAGGAGUCGUUUUCAGACGGUUCGCAUCAGGAACAGUAACUAGUGAUGUAACAUUUUCCUCUCACGUAGAAGGAAACACACUGGUGCUUGGGGAUGUAAAUAUCAGUAGAUCUGUGUUAUUUCUGGCAGCUGUAACAGCUGCCACAGAUCUGGGGCUUAAAGUGCUGUUUUUCACACAAACCCCCUUUCAGUCUCUACCGGUGUCUUUGAGGGCUUCAAUACCUGGAUUAAAACUAGAGAGUCUGAAGAAUGUCAAGUUUGUGUAUGUGAAGACUUUGGAGGAGCUGGUUGAGGAUGUCGCGUCCCUCCACGAGCUGGCGUCCGAUGCCGCGUCUCCCCCCUCUCUGAUUAUCGUGGACAGUCUGGAUCAUUAUUUGCUUGGAUCACGAGUUGGACCGCUACAGGACGCCCUGAGCCCCGUAGCCCACGUGGCGGCCCUCCUGCAUGACACUGCUGCGUUUCUCACCCAGAUUCUGCAGAAAAGAGCAGAUGGUCAGGGCCUGUGCAGGGUCAUGGUCUCCUUUGAGUCUGAAUGUGAAGGCACUCGGGACAGUGAAGCGCUGGCACCUGAGCUUCUCCUCUCUGUGCUGGACCGUUACCUGCAGGUGAGGUGCACGUUAGAGGAAGUGAAGGGUGACAGGGAGGCGGGGCAGAACGAGUGGCAGGUGUACCUGUCAACCAUGUGUCCUUCACGGGUGCAGCAGUGGCACAUGCUGCUGCAGGCAGGAGGUGUUUUGGAGUUCAGUCCAGUCAUCGAUGGAGAACGGCAGAUUCUGGACCAGCCGGACAAAAGCAUGAAACAGGAAAAUGAAAGAUUUGGAGAUGGCUAAUAAAUGUGAAAAUUGCAGUAUAACCUAUAUUUGUUUCUUAGUUUGACAAGCCAUACAUCAAUAGGAUAAUUUAAUGUUUACUGGUGAUGUUGACAAAGGAACGUAAACGUCUUAUGACUAAAUAUAGAUAGAUAGUCAACCAUACUUGCAGCAGUAAUAUAAUAUAGUGAAAGACACAAUUUAAUGUUUAAAGUUUGGAUAUUUGUUAAGUAUAAUUUUUUUAGUGUUUCAAAAGUAGUACUUAAUUUUUAGAAAAUGUUGUUAAGCCCAGGAUGACAAGUUAAAUAUUAUAUGAAUAUAUGAUCUGAUUUGUUUUAAAUUGAUUUUCAAACAUUGGGGACACCCGAAUAGAUUAAAAAC